CAGUCGAUUGAGGAAAACACAGCGGCUAUUUUUUGUUCAUCCUACAAGCUGCGUGGCUGUCGAACCGUCAGUUUUAUUCCAUACAUAGAACAAUGUCCGUGCCGGGCAAGCAGGACAUCGCCGCGAUUUUUAAGCGACUUCGCGCGGUUCCUCCAAAUAAGGUUUGCUUUGACUGCUCAGCUAAAAACCCCAGUUGGGCCAGCAUCACCUACGGUGUGUUCCUGUGUAUAGAUUGCUCUGGGACACACAGAUCUCUUGGGGUGCACCUGACCUUCAUCAGGUCCACAGAGCUGGAUUCCAAUUGGUCGUGGUUUCAGCUCAGAUGUAUGCAAGUGGGAGGCAACGCCAAUGCGAUUUCCUUCUUCAGUCAACAUGGAUGCACAACCAGCGCGGCCAAUACCAAGUACAACAGCCGGGCUGCUACCCUGUACAAAGACAAGAUGAAGACUUUAGCCACACAAGCGACCAGACUCCAUGGCACUGAGCUGUGGCUUGGCAGUCAGGCUCCUCUCUCCUCAACGUUACCAGAGGACAAGCAGUUGGAUUUCUUCAGUCUGCAUUCACAGACUCUUCCUGACAAUUUGAACAUGCCCAAACCGAGUCUCAGCGUCACCACAUCAGAGAAGCCUUCAACCGAGCAAACGGAGGAAGAGAGAAACGGUAAUCUAGAUGAUGGUCCCAGUGUGAAUAUGCUGAGUGGUUAUCCAAAAACAAGUUCAGAGCCCUCCUCUCUUCUGAAGAAGAAGCCGAGCGCUGCCAAGAAAACGUUGGCCUCUAAGAAGGGCGGCCUGGGCGCCCAGAAGGUCAGCAGCAAGAGUUUCUCCGAUCUAGAGAAGAAGGCUCAAGCGGCCGACAAGCUCCGGGAGAAAGACGACCGCCCCGGUGCCGCCAAGAACAACCAGCCUGAGCAGUCCAUCUCUCCGUUCCUGCGGCUGGCCUGUCAGGAUUUCGAGCAGCAGAGGAAAAUGGAGGAAAAUAAGUUGAAGGGCUUGGAGGGGAAUAAGAAGGUGCAAGCGGAGCGACUGGGCAUGGGCCUCGGCAUGCGGAGUGGAGUGUCUCACUCUGUGACAUCAGACAUGCACAUCAUCCAGCAGGAGAGUCCAAUGGGGAAGAAGGAGCAAAGGACCAAAGCACGACUGUUCACUGAGGAUGAUGAGGACGAAGGGUCCUUCAGCUCUAGGAUCUUGUCCCGCUUUGAGGAUCAAACGGAAACCGCCGAUAUCUUCGCGGCGAGGUGGGACGAUCGAGGUGAGGAGGGUGGCUGGCUGAAGGAGAGCAAGAAACCAGAGCCGGACUUCUUCUUGGCCUCCACCAUCACAUCUCUGAACGACAGACCCACGGGCAGAAGAAAACACGAAGCCGCCCCGGUGUCGGACACAGGAGAAGCUCAGAAAAAGUUUGGCGGCAACGUGAAAGCCAUCUCCUCCGACAUGUUCUUUGGGAAAAAAGAUAACUUCGAGUACGAGGCCAAAUCUCGACUGGAAAGAUAUUCUGGGAGUUCCUCGAUAAGUUCAGCGGACCUGUUCGAGGAUCCAAAGAAACAAACCGCGAGCUCCUACCGCCUGACCAACGUGCUGCCCAGCGCUCCCGACAUGUCGCAGCUCAAGCUGGGCGUGCGCACCGUCGCGGGGAAGCUCUCCGUCAUGGCCAGCGGCGUCGUCAACACCAUUCAGGAUCACUACAGCUCCUGAGCCGCGGUGCGCCUCCUCUUGGAGUCGGCGCCCUUAAUAGUCGUCCUCUCCUGAACGGAGUCAGAUAAGUUUCCCAGUGAGUCGCUGGGAGCCAAUAUCUGUUCUAUGAAGGCAUCCGAAAUGACACCCUGAAUGCAUCUAUAUCUAGUUUUUUAUUAGAUUGUGUGUGUGUGUAUGUGUAUAUAUAUAUAUAUAUAUCUAUAUAUACAAGAGUUGUUUGAAUCAGGAGGAUCAAGCACAAUAUUUUCAGUGGAAGUAAUGCCCCCCCCCUCCCCCUGUGUACAGUACAGUUAUGAAGAAUAUUUAGUUUGCAGUUUAUUGCUUAGUUUGCGUUGAGAUCUUUGGGAGGGGUUUAAUUAUUUAGAAGUAUUAGUAUAUGUAUAACAGGGUUUAUGAUGUUUUCAAGGAUGGAUAUUUGCAUUUUGAUUCCUUUUUGAGUUGAAAAGGUUAAAAAGAUAAUAAACAGUGGAGACGA